GGCUACAGUGCAUCAGCUGUACCCACCGAUUCCUAGUACCGGUACGAAUACUACGAAUCGCAUUUUGCUGGUGGACCGAGGCGCACGGAAUAGGUGGAUUCGCGCAUACAUGAGUCAGUUAUUGAGUCGCAUUGUUUCCGUCAACUCGCGACGGUCAACAUUCAGUUGUUUUUCACGAGAUUUGCACGUGUCAUCGCGAAACAUGGUCAUCGCCGUUGGAGAUAAACUGCCUACUGCGGACCUGUGUGAGAACACACCAGCCGACAAAGUGAAUCUGGCGCAAGCUGCGGCUGGAAAAAAGAUAAUUAUAUUUGGUGUACCAGGUGCAUUUACUCCUGGUUGUUCGAAGACCCAUCUUCCUGGCUAUGUUGCGAAAGCAGAUGAGCUGAAGGCUAAAGGGAUUUCUGAGAUCUUCUGCAUCAGUGUCAACGAUCCAUUUGUUAUGGCGGCUUGGGGCAAAGAGCAUGGCGCAGUAGGCAAAGUACGGAUGCUGGCUGAUCCUAAGGCAGAUUUUACAGAUGCUAUGGAUCUUGCUGUGGACCUGCAGGUUUUAGGUGGCAAACGUAGCAAACGCUAUUCCAUGGUCGUUGAAGAUGGAACUGUGAAGGAGCUUAAUAUGUCAACUGGACCCACACAUAAACAUCGUUAUAAAAACGUAGGUUUAGAUUCACAAGAGUUACGGAGGCGUAGGGAAGAAGAAGGCGUUCAGUUAAGAAAACAGAAACGUGAGCAGCAAUUAUCAAAACGCCGCAAUGUUCCAAACAUUGUUGCGGACGAGGACAAUGUUACAUCCACUGAUGAUUAUUCACUUCCUGCACAAUCGCAGUCCCCCGGUAUUAUAACAUCUGAAAUGGUAGAUGCAUUAUAUAGUCCCAACAUACAAGAUCAAUUGGCAGCCACGCAGAAAUUUAGAAAACUAUUAUCAAGGGAGCCGAAUCCUCCCAUAAACGAAGUGAUUCAAACAGGAAUUGUACCACAGUUCGUCGAAUUUCUCAAAAAUAAUACGAAUUGCACUCUACAGUUUGAAGCAGCCUGGGCAUUGACAAACAUAGCGAGCGGUACAUCUCAACAAACACGUAUAGUGAUAGAUGCAGGAGCUGUACCCACUUUCAUAUCCUUGCUCGGUUCUAUGUAUGAAGAUGUACAGGAGCAAGCUGUCUGGGCGUUGGGCAAUAUCGCUGGAGACAGUCCUGAGUGUAGAGACCAUGUAUUAGCCAACGGUAUUCUUACUCCACUGCUCCAACUGCUUUCGAAGGAACCACGGCUCUCGAUGACUCGCAACGCGGUCUGGGCACUGUCAAAUCUUUGUCGAGGAAAGAAUCCAACACCCGACUUUGCGAAAGUUGCCCCAUGCCUGCCAGUGCUGGCGAAUCUUCUGAAUCAUACCGAUUUCGAUGUACUCGCCGAUGCGUGCUGGGCCUUGUCGUAUCUGAGCGACGGUCCAAACGACAAGAUACAAGCUGUUAUUGACGCUGGCGUUUGUAAACGUCUUGUGGAUCUUCUCACACAUGAACAGAAUAAUGUGAUAAGUGCUGCCCUACGUGCGGUGGGAAAUAUUGUUACGGGAGACGAUUUGCAAACUCAAGUUGUGUUGAAUUGUUCGGCAUUGCCGCGUCUAUUGCACCUUUUAAGUUCACCGCGAGAAAGUGUUCGCAAAGAGGCUUGUUGGACAAUCUCUAAUAUCACUGCCGGUAAUCAUCAGCAGAUACAAGCGGUGAUUGACGCUAAUAUCUUCCCGGUUUUAAUUGAGAUCCUAACGAAAGCUGAAUUUAAAACACGUAAGGAAGCAGCUUGGGCAAUUACGAAUGCCACUAGUGGCGGAGUGCCCGAUCAAAUUCGAUAUCUCGCAAUGCAAGGAUGCAUCCCACCCUUGUGUGAUCUACUUACCGUUAUGGAUACCAAGAUUAUCCAGGUUGCUUUGAACGGAUUAGAGAAUAUUUUGCGUUUGGGAGAGCAGGAUGCAGCUAUGCAUAAUGGUCUCAAUCCUUAUGCAGUUCUUAUUGAGGAAUGCUAUGGCCUAGACAAGAUAGAGUUCUUACAAUCUCAUCAAAACAUGGACAUUUAUCACAAGGCCUUUGAUAUUAUCGAUCGGUACUUCGGCUCUGAGGAGGAAGAUACGAGACUUGUACCCUCUAUUGAUUCGCAAGGGCAAGAAUACAGGUUCACUGCACCAGAUCCUUCCCAACUAUCAAUGCACGGCUUUGAAUUUUAAUCGGCUGCCCUUGAGUUUUCGGAUAUAAUUCUGUUUUGUUAUAAUUGUUAAUGAUUAUUUGUUCUGUAGGGAUUUGUGGUAUCCCUAAAAUCGGUACAUCGACAGAAAACAUUUUACAUAUAUUUGCCCACUGUGACUUGAGCUGAUUUGUAUUGAAAAAACGUUAAUAGUGACUAAAACUUAUCUAUUCUUUAUCGAAUUAAACAGUAAAAUCCUCAUACGUCGUUAUUGUCCAUGUUUUUUUUUCUUUUUAUAAUUGUUUUAAAUGGAUCGUAGUGCGUCGUGCAUUACGAUGAGGAAUGAUUAUGGUUUUCAAACCUGCAUCAAAUUGCGACGACGUUCACGAUGACGAGGCAACGUUGAAAACGAUUUGCGUGGGAACACUUGCAAACUUAUACCUGCAUGUAUUUAGUACGGGACGUUCAGUUCAUCAGCAUAAACGUUUUAGCGCUUAAGUAGAAAAUGGAGGCAAAUGAUCAAGAUAUAAUUCGUCGAGACAGACUCAUACCUCGUCUGACGCGCGACUGAUACAGAAUUUACGAAAAAAGUAACUUGCUCUACUUUGCAAGCUACUAACUGAAAUGACUGAAGUACGCGACUAUAUAGCCAACACGGACAACGUUACGCAACGCGGUACUCACCUCCUUACUAUACUAGAUAGAAACAUGACCAAUUCAACUUUUUUACUGUAAAUACGUAUCUCGUAAUUUUAAGGCUAUUCUAUACAGAGUGCCCUUAAAAACCGAAGCAAUAGUCAUAUCCGGCUGUUAAUCCAACGUGGCAUCAGUUUAAAAGAAUUGGUUAAAGUGUUGACAUGAUUUAUUAUAUAAGCAUGAUAUUUGUGUUCAGACCAAAAAAAACACAUUGAGCAGCGUGAUUUUAUGAUUACAUGAAAAUCUGAUCUCCAGUUAUUACGUCUGUAUUUCUCUUGUUACUCCAGCAUUAAAUAAUUAAUUGCCCUUUAUUCUUGGUUAUAAAUACAUCUACAAAUGUAUUGAAUAAAUUUCUUGUAAUCUCGUAUAAUUAAAUUUUGCGAAAAAUAUCGGCCAAUAAUUUUCCACCUUUUACGUUAUGCAUGAGAUAAUAAUAUCGGAAUAAUAUUGGAGAAUUGUACAGCACAUCAUAUUAGAUUUUUGGACAUUCUGUAUAAAAAGUCUGUAACUGUAUAAAAUGUAUUUAUUAUUUAGGUUUGACGAUAUACCAUACUAUAUUAUACACACACAUACACACACAAACUCUAUAUAUAUAUAUACUAUUUACUUUUAGUUACCGUUUUGAAUCAUUAUGACGGAGAGCGACUGUACUAUACCUCACUAGUUGGAACUUUGUUAAUUCAUUGUUUAGCAAAGUACACAGCUGUGGGUUACUCUUGUUGCCAAUUUAUAAACUCUGCUUGAAUAAUAUAUGAAUAUAACGAAAGAAUUAUGUCGUGCAUAUUAUAUUUCUGAAUAAAAUCUGACAGAAUUAUUUCACGAAAGCAGUUUUAGAUAUGUGUGUCGAGCAUAUAUAGGCACUGAUCCAAACCAGUGUUCGUAAACCAACUAAAUCUACAUUGUUUACGUCUAUCGUAAAAUUUUUAGGAAAUAUAGUUUCUUUGCAAUUAUAUUUUUAUAUUGAUUAUAGUACUAUUUUACGUCAAUACAGCUACCAGUGUUACUGUAUUGCAUUAUUGAAGAAGUAUGCGAAUUAAUACAUAUACGUAUGUAUAGGUUCACCACUUUAUCACCAAUUUUCCAUAUUUAAAAAUGUUUUACAUCGCUCAAAAUCAGAUUGAAAACAUCGAUCCUAAAUGAAUGAACACUGUGGAGAUUAUAUUUUAUUUUUCCAUACGCAUCAAGCCAGUAUAGAAUGCUUACCAAAAUCGAAAGAAAUGUGCAUAAAUAGUUAUUAUUCAAGGAUUGCAGUUAUGUUAAGAUUUACUUUCUUGGCUAUGCCUAAAUUAUUUCAAAGGUAUUGAGAAUACACCUGUUUAACGAACAAAUUUGGUGCUUAUAAAAUUAUAUAUUAAUUAUGUGAUAUAAUGAGUGCAUAUCAGAGAUCUUUUUAUAGGAAUCACGUAAAAUUUACUAUAUGUGACAAUAUUUAUAAUAUUGUAUAUACGUGAAUAAUUUUUUUAUGUGUAUAUAUAUACUUUGUUACCUAGAUAUCUUGGUAUUUAAUCAGAAACAAGAUAAUGUAAGUAAAUAAGAAAUCGCAUAAAAUACUAAAAGAGAUAUGUUUGUUUAUUAUGCAGAAAUUACAAUUCAUAUAUGAAAUGUUUAAGCAAUCAAAUUUUUAUUUCUUUAUGUUUGUAAUUUUAUAGUAUUAAUUCGUAUGUUAUAUUUCUCUUGUUGUAAAUAUCGUGAAUAUUAUUUUAUUUCGAUUAUCGUGUUGCAGCAAAAAGUCUUGUAAAUUGGCAAUGAGUGGGAUACGACAUUCGACAUUACUUAUCCUACACGGACGGCCGACUGAUACAUUAAUACGAAAAUCGAAUAUCACAUACAUAAGAUAAUCAUAAUUAUUGUAUUUUAUUUUGAAGCUAAAUAAAUAUGUCAUUCGGAAAUAUAUGCGUGAAAUCGCUAAAUAC